UGCCGUCUCACGGGGGCAGAAAAUCCCCGGUUAGUCGCGUUCGAGCCCUCUCCAACUCACAACAGUGCUAUCUCUCAACUGAAAACCAAACUAAUAUCUCUACAGAAGAAAAAUGGCGGGAGAAGAAGACCAUAACCCUAGAUUCUUUGUCGCAGUUCAUGUAGGCGCAGGUUUUCACGCUCCUUCUAACGAGAAAGCUCUCAGGGUAGCCAUGAAACGAGCUUGCUUUGCAGCUGCUUCAAUUCUUCGCAAGGGUUCUGGUGGGUGUAUUGAUGCAGUUUCAGCAGCCAUUCAAGUAUUGGAGGAUGAUUCAAGCACAAAUGCAGGCCGAGGUUCAAAUUUGACAGAGGAUGGCCAUGUAGAAUGUGAUGCCAGUAUCAUGGAUGGUGAUUCUGGAGCAUUUGGAGCUGUUGGGGCGGUCCCAGGUGUACGAAAUGCCAUCCAGAUUGCUACUUGCUUGGCCAAGGAACAAAUGAUGGGACCUUCUUUGCUGGGCCGACUUCCUCCCAUGUUUUUGGUUGGUGAAGGUGCCCGUGAGUGGGCAAAGUCCAAGGGCAUCAUUUUACCAGAGACAAUUGCAGAGGCUGAUGUGUGGCUAGUAACUGAAAAGGCAAAGGCACAAUGGCUGAAGUACAAAGCAAUGCUUGAUUGUGCAGAAGCUGGGAGCAAAUCAUCAUCUGUGGAACUUUCCUCAAGCUCUCAUGAAACUGAUGUAUCGAAGCCAAUAACAAAAAAAGGAGCUCAACCAUUUGAUCCAGUGAGGGGAACUGACAGUGAGCCAUCUUUGUUCAACACCUCCAAAGAGGACUGCAUUAUGGAUACAGUUGGAGUUAUUUGUGUUGAUAAUGAAGGACAUAUUGCAUCCGGAGCUUCUAGUGGUGGUAUUUUGUUGAAGGUCAGUGGACGUGUUGGGUUAGCAGCAACAUAUGGCUCAGGGUGUUGGGCAUCCUCAAAAGGUCCCUUUGGUGCUCCUUUUGUAGUUGGUUGCUGUGUAUCUGGUGCUGGAGAAUACCUAAUGAAGGGAUUUGCAGCUCGAGAGUGCUGCAUUUCAUCAUCACUAUCACAGUCAGGCCCUGCAUCUGCUUGCAAGAAGGUUAUUCACUCAGUUGUUCAGGAUGACAAUCCAAAAUGUCCUGAUAAAAGUGUGGGAAUUCUACUUGUGCAGGCUGAUGCUCCUAAAAUGGUUCCAGGAAAUUCCUCUAAGCUGAAAGCCAUAGAGAUUGCUGCUGCUUAUUCUUCCUUGUCUUUUGGAAUAGGUUAUUUUGGAAGCUCUAUGGAUCGUCCCAAGGUUUCAAUUCUUAGGACUACAAAAAGGCAAACUACCACGAGGAUUGACCAUUUCGAAGCGCGAAUUGAUCUUACUAUCACGAAAUCCUGACUUCCUGAAUGGCAAGGUCAAUAUUAUCGCCAUUUUAGAUUAUUAAAUCAUACAUCCUAAUUAUGUAAAAUGGGAGAUGGAGGGUGCAAUUUUGUUUAUAAAUUGAAGCUUUGUUUCUUCUAAAGUACGGUUGCACACUUGCACUCAGGUGGACCCACCAAGUGUUAUGGAAAGUAGAUGAAUUACCUAUUUCUAGAUCCAUGUAUUUUUUUAAUCUUUUUUAUCAAUACAUGUAUAAUUGGACAUCCCUUUAUUUGAUUGGA